UUCUUUUCGGCUUCUGCGUCAGUUGAAGUAGUUUGUGCGCUCGUUAAUAUCGGAAGCGACAGAGAAGCGAAUGAGCCGUCGGACCAGUACAGACAUGACGCGGCUGAAGAUGUUUUACGUCGUUGCGGCGCUGCUGAUAACACGAAGCGUCGCCAUUAUCAGAGUUCCCCUCCAUAAAACCAGAAGCAUCCGCCGCCAGAUGAACGACAACGGGCUGUCUGUGGAGCAGCUCCGGGCCCUGGCGGCUCGCACCGGGGCCGUGGACGGCACCGGCUCCAGCCUGGGUUUACCGGUGGAGAGGCUCACCAACUUCAUGGAUGCUCAGUACUACGGCGCCAUCAGCAUCGGGACGCCUCCGCAGCCCUUCACCGUGCUGUUCGACACCGGCUCCUCCAACCUCUGGGUUCCCUCCAUCCACUGCUCCUUCUUCGAUUUGGCCUGUUGGCUUCAUCAUCGCUACAACUCAAAGAAGUCGAGCACCUAUGUGAAGAACGGCACGCAGUUCUCCAUCCGCUACGGCCGAGGCAGCUUGUCGGGCUUCAUCAGCGGCGACACGGUCUCUAUCGCUGGCCUCUCGGUGUCCGGGCAGCAGUUUGGUGAGGCGGUGACGCAGCCUGGCAUCACGUUUGCUGUGGCCCGGUUCGAUGGGAUCUUGGGAAUGGGCUACCCGUCCAUAUCAGUGGAACGGGUCACGCCAGUGUUCGACACGGCCAUGGCCGCCAAGCUGCUGCCACAGAACAUCUUCUCUUUCUACAUAAACAGAGACCCGAAAGGUUCCGUGGGGGGAGAGUUAAUCCUGGGUGGAACAGACCCACAGUUCUACACCGGGGACAUGCACUACGUCAACGUCACACGCAAGGCCUACUGGCAGAUCCUCGUGAACAGGGUCCAGGUGGGAAAGCAGCUGACCCUCUGCAAAGCCGGCUGCCAGGCCAUCGUUGACACGGGAACGUCUCUGAUCGUGGGCCCUCGGGAGGAGGUCCGAGCGCUGCAGAAAGCCAUCGGAGCCGUGCCGCUGCUGGCCGGAGAGUACUGGAUCGACUGUAAGAAGAUCCCGUCGCUCCCGGUCGUCUCCUUCAGCAUCGGAGGGAAGACGUUCAACCUGAGCGGAGAGGAUUACGUCAUGAAGGAGUCUCAGAUGGGUGUGUCAAUCUGCCUCUCCGGCUUCAUGGCCAUGGAUAUCCCACCGCCUGCUGGGCCCCUGUGGAUCCUGGGAGACGUAUUCAUCGGGAAGUACUACACGGUGUUUGACAGGAACGCAGACCGAGUGGGGUUUGCUCCAGCCAAGUAGUCAAGAACUUAGAAUGAAUGUGUGUGAGUUUCACAUCUGCUCAGAACAAGGAAGUUAAACCAACGGCUUGUUUCCAAUCAGCAAGCGGUGAUGCUACGCUAACAGCCAUGUGAUCUGCAGCCAAACAAGGGGAGCGUUUGUUUCCUGCUCUCGUUUGCCAAGCUUUGCUUUUGGAGCUUUAGCAUUUUAUCUGAUUAUGUGUUUGUGCUAUUUAAUUUGUGUCUAGAUGCUUUGAGAGAACAAAUGCAUCACGCUUUUGAAUGUAAUGCUUCUGUUCAAACAGGAGGUGUCAUUUUUACACGACAUGCAGAUCAUGAUUACCUUAAAGGAGGACAACCACACACUGUCCAUGGUAACAUUUAUUGACGUAUACAAAGUGCCGCUCAGUUCAACUCCAGAGCUGAACUAAUAAAAAAAUAAAUUAAAAAAAGCCAAGAAGGGGGAGAUACACAGCAUGCGACGAAGCGAACACUGCAGCCAGUAGCUGCUGCGCAGGGCAGAGGUAGUGAUCUGCUCUGGGUUGGUUUUUACAAGGACAGUGACUCCCCCUUUGUCGCACAGCAGUAGCAGAACUUAGGUCUGUAAAGGAAGACAUUAAGAUGCACACAAGACCAAGUUUAUAUCUGCACAGCCAGAACAAAGCACUUAAUGAAGCACAACCAUUCACAUGUUGAUUCUGAAUUUAUGCAAAUAAAUAUUUGGCUCUUUUUUUGGUCACAAAUGUACAAGAAAUACAAAAAUAGCCACGUG